AUGCCCAGCGGUAAUUUGCUCGUUGAGGUGUGCACACGUCGACGGGAAACCAUUUACCAGCAGCUAUACCCUGGGAAGAAUUGCUCCCAACGGGAAGUUCAGCUCGGAAUAGUGCUGUCCGAGGAGAAUGCGUUUAAUGCAGCACAAUUUCGAUUCAUUGCACAGUUCCGUGAAUUACGUCUCAGCUGGACGCAUAACUCGUUGAUGAGUGAGGGCGUGGGGCAGUUCGUACUCGAAUUUAUGCCUGUUAUACGGUCACAUUAA